AUGAAAUUCACCGUCGCUGCCCUUUCUUUGGCUACUCUCGCCGUCGCCAACCCCGUUGAGCCGCGCCAGUCCUGUCCGAAAGUGUACGUCUUUGGUGCACGCGAGACGACCGUCAGCCCGGGCUUUGGUACUGCUGGGGGUCUUGUCAACCAAGUUGUCGCUGCUUAUCCCGGCGCUGGGUCAGAAGCCAUCGUCUACCCCGCCUGCGGUGGUCAGUCCUCCUGCGGAGGUGUUAGCUAUGAAAACUCCGCUUCUCAAGGAACCCAGGCGGUGGUCAAGGCUGUGACAUCAUACAACCAGAAGUGCCCUAGCACACAGAUCGUGCUUAUUGGGUACUCUCAAGGCGGCCAAAUCAUGGACAAUGCCCUCUGCGGCGGCUCCGGCGCCACCCUUACCGGCAACGCCCUCGCCGCCGUCAAAGUCGCCAUCUUCAUGGGGGACCCUCACAACCGCGCCGGCCUCCCGUACAACGUCGGCACCUGCACUGCUCAGGGUUUCGCUGCCCGUCCAGCUGGCUUCACGUGCUCACCUGCCAGCACGAGCAUCAUCAAGAGCUACUGCGACUCUACCGAUCCCUACUGCUGCAACGGAAACGACGCCAACUCGCACCAGCAGUAUGUUAACAAGUACGGAUCGCAGGCGUUGGCUUUCAUCAAGACUAAGGUCACCGCAUAG